AUGUUGGUUUAGUACAUUUUGUGUCACUAUUCCAGUCAUUCCGGUGCAUUUACAAAAAUUUAUCUGGCCUCUGGCAACACUGGUUUGGAAACACUUGGAAAUAAUGACAGUGACAGCAACAUUUAGUGCAAAAAUCAGAAUUGUUUUUAAUUAAAAUGAUAAUAUAAAAUUUUUCAUGUGUUUGUGUUGUGUUUUUAUAAAGUAUGUCUACCAGAUCACAGCUCACUAAAGAUCUAAAUGAAAGUAUUAAGUCUUCAGUUGGCAACAAAGUAAAAAUUCUAUUUAAAAAUGUGGUCCGACUGGAAACCAAAGGUGACAAGACUGAAAAUAGAGUUUUGGUAUUUUCACCAUGCAGGAUACUUCUACUUACAGCAAAAGUGCCAACCAAGAUCGACUCUCACUUUCAUUACUUGGAGAUCCAAGCCUUGGAAAGCAAAAGAGGAAAUCAGCUAAGCUUGACAGUCAAUGACAAAGUAUACUCCUUUUUGGUUGGGGAAGAUUCGAAAUGUAGCACGGAAGUUGACAAUAUGAUAGGAGCCCUCAACAAUGCCAUUAGAAAUAUUUUUCCUACUGUACCGUUACAACAUAUUAUUAGGAAGAUUGAAGUGAUUCCCAAUACGAGGCUUCAACAACUACGGGAUCUAGAAGCUAUAGCCAGCAGCAGAAGAGAAGUGGGUCCAUGCGGCGGAUUCUCGAACCAAUACGCUUGCAUGUGUGACUUUCACGGAAUGACGUAUAGAGAAGAAGUGGCGUGGGAUAUUGAUAAUAUUUACGUCUCAUUGAAUACUCGUGAGCUUAGCCUUAAGGACUUCGAAUACCUCGAUCAAAAGGAUUUAAUCCCAAUAAUCAGUGCUCUAGAAUACAACACGUGGUUUACAAAGUUACGGGCGAAUCAAGUGAAGUUAUCCCACGAUAACAUCGAUAGGAUUUUGCACGUUUUACGCAAGUCCCUCAAUCUGGAAGAAAUUUAUCUGGAUAACUUAGGUCUAAAGGCUGAUUUUUUGAACAAGCUGUCCAGUGUUCUUAAGCUUAAUCUUGGAUCCGCGUUACAUACUAUAGAUGUAUCGUGUAAUCCAAUAGAAGAUAAAGGUGCUACUUAUUUGGGAAGUUGUAUUCCCAAGCUCAAUAAAGGUCUAGUCCAUUUAAAUUUGUCUCAUUGCGGUUUAAGCUCAAAAGGAGUCAAUAACUUGUUUGCGGCGCUCUGCAACAACACAAGCAGUUUUACCACCCUAACGUACCUCAAUUUGAGUGGCAAUAAUCUAAAAGACGAUAUAAGUAAUUUUCACAACUUUUUGUCUCAACCGAACUCUCUUCAAUACAUUGACAUCUCUUCCACUGACAUCAUUCUUGAAAACCUUUUUGGUGCUUUAGUAAAAGGCUGUACGACUAAUCUAGUUCAUUUAAACAUUUCUAAAAACCCAUACAGUAGCAAAAAGAACAAAGAAGCUCCGAUAUCCUUCAAGCAAUUCUUUAGCACUACGCUUAAUCUCAAAUAUCUCAACAUGUCGCACUGUAAAUUGCCGCAAGAGGCACUAAAAAAUUUAUUGUUGGGAUUGGCCUGUAACGAAUUUACCAAAGAAAUGACGUUAGAUAUUAGCAAUUGUGGACUCGGCAGUCAGGGGGCACACGUUCUGGAAUCAUGUGUGCACGGCGUUAGGUGUAUCUCUAGUCUUGAUAUUUCUGAAAACAAUAUGGAUUCAGAUCUGUGCAAUGUUGUGAUAGCAAUAAGUAAAAAUAAGUCUCUAAAACAUUUAAACAUGGCCCGUAGUAUGAAAAAACACAUGUCGUUGAUCAUGGAUUCGGUAGUUCAGAUAGUUCAAGACGACGAAUGUCUUCUGCAAUCGCUGAUUAUACCCGACUGUAGGUUGCGCGGGGAUCUUUACAAUCUGUUGAAUGCUCUCGGAGAUAAUAAGUCACUGGAGGUGCUAGAUAUAAGCGGGAAUUUGAUCGGAGACUCUGGAGCUCGAUUGCUAGCGAAAGCGUUGCAGAUCAACAGCAAGCUGAAGAGUAUCAUUUAUGAUCGGAACAACAUUACUUUACAGGGUUAUCACGAUAUAGCAUAUGCUUUGGAGAGUAACUCAACAGUUCAAUACAUGCCGUUUCCAAUUUAUGAUAUUACACCGUGCAUGAAGGCCAAUGCUGAAAGAACAGAGUUAAUUACGAGGAAAAUUCAAGACUUGCUCAAUCGCAACGUUUCUCAGAAACAACAAUCCCUCAAAAGCUUUCCGAUGCAACCAGGGUUCUUGCUAACUUCAAAACAGCAGGCCCUGGAAAGAUUAGUACAACAAACCCAAGAUGCAAUCAAGAAUUUAACUAAUGAGUCAAUAGCUUCUACGAAUGAUGUGAAUCAUGCUACGGGCGUGAUACAAGAUGCUGAAAAUGCUAGGCAGUUAUUGGUGAGACUUCAGGAAGUGGCCCAACAUCGAGAUGAUAAACGGCCCAAUCCAGUAGAAGAGAGACUUCAGCAAGCAGCCUCUGACAUUCACGCCAGUAUUUGUGAUUACAUCCAGGCAACAACUGAGAAAAUGUUGAAGUGCUGCAAAGAACAAUGUCCCUAUGUCUUACACGAUGAAGAAACUGUCCAGGAAAUAAAGAGGGAGUGUAAGAAGAAGAAACAGAUUCCCUUUGAUUUUGUUACCACCUGUAUAAAGCAACAAUCUGGAGUGGACAUUAUGAAUAGAACGAGAGAGUUAAAUAUAAUGGUUGCCAACCAGCUGUCGGAGCAAGUUACCGACGAGGUUUACGAAGCGUUAAUGAGAAGUUAUAAGAUUUUAGUGGGUGAUGCAAGUGCAAUAAGAAUCGACUCACCUCCGAGGAGAUCUAGGUUAAGUAGUUCCGAUAGUUCCCGACAUGGUGCCAGUGAUAUUUCUAUCACGGACAGUAGUCAUCAAUCAGACUUGUCUCCUUUGAAGCUGGAAUAUUUGAAUUUAGCUACUCCACAUCUCUCCAUAAAGCGUAAGAGUCUACACGGACGCAAACUACGGCCUAAGUCAGUGGUAGAUAGCGUAGAAGGCAUCUCCGCUGACGACAUACCAAGUCUGUUACCAUCUCUUCCGGGUAAUUCCGAAGAAGAAGACUCAGUUACCGAAUUGCCCAACACCAGCCAUCAAUUACAACAUCUAGUCAAGGGUAUUUUCCUCAACAAAGGUCGACCCAGAAGAGCGAAGACCAGAGCUCCCACCCGACCUGUGGUAAAUCCUCCCGACACCACAGACUCGGUGUCUCAAGAUUUGGUCGAAGGUUUGGAUUCUUUCUUCCGUCCUGGAUCAGUCACACCGACAUCGGAUGAUUGCCAUUCGUUCCACACUGCCGGAAGUCCAAAUCACGAUUUUUCGUCGCCGACUCUCAGCGAAGAUCGCAAAACUCCGAAAUUGAGCAGAAACUCACCACUUUUAAGAGGUUUAAUGACACCUACACCCAGAUCUCGGUCCAUAGACAAUCUGGAAAAGUUCUCUCCUUCGUCUUUGAGGAAAAACAACGACACCACUUCGUCCCCAUUGACUAGAAGACUGACGGGCGAAAGCAUAGUUUCCAGAGACAGUAGUGAUGGUAGCAUUGCGGCAGAAUCCAGUUUCGACCAUUCACCGGGAAGUACAUUAUCUAAAGGGAUGUCUUCUGAUGGAUCCAAAGAAGAGUGUGACAAUAUCAAGCAACAGAUGAAACAGUUAAAAAGUUGUCCGUCAAUAGCUCCCAAGCCGAGACCUUGGUCUAUGGUGAAUUCCGAAGGCAAAUCUAGUGAUCUCGGCUUGCUGAGUGAUGGAUCGUCUCCUAACAACUCAACAGGAAACACUCCAGAUUCUGCAGAGGCUUUGGAUAGUUCGGAAUCUUCGUCUAUAGACAGACGACUUGCGAAGGAAGUUAAACUGAAAAGGAGCAGUGGUUUGCAGAACUAUUUUCCAGAUCGGGGAGAUUUUUCGUUUUUCUCCCGUUACAAGGCGAUAACGUCUAAGAAGUCGGAACAAUCCGUCAACAACGGCGUAGGGGCAAGAAGAGACAGCAAUUAUAAUUGUAGAGAAGCGGAAGAUGCACACAUAGGUAGAUAGUUUUCAGAAUUUCUAGGAUUAACCCAAAAAAAAUUAGGAUCGGAAUACUUCCUUGUUGUAUUUUUGUUACCUUGGCUUUUAUAGUAGGCAUCUAUUUUCGAAAUGAAAAAUACGAAAAUACUUAUCUUAUUGAUGAGGGGAUCGAAGGGGGUGUAUCAAGCUUUUAAGUGGUGUUUUUGAAUUCGAUUUGAAAUUUUUGAUAUAUUUAAAUUUUACCAGAUAAGUACAUAAUUUUUUACAAUUUGUUCAUAUAUAUUUGAAGUACAAUUAAAUUGUACAAUUUAACUCCGUACGGUCGAAAACAUUUGUACAAAUAUUUGAAGUAUGUACUACAAGAAAAAACUGAAAAAUACGUUUUUUUUUUUCUUUCAAAAAUCUAUCGAAUGACACCAAACACGACACUCCCCUCCACACCUUGGAGGUGGGGUUGGGAUAACUUUAAAAUCUUAAAUAGGAACCCAUCAUUUUUAUUGCAGAUUCGCAUUGCUUACGCAAAAAUAAGUAACUUUUAUUCGAGACAAUUUUUCGAAUUGUGGAUAGAUGGCGCUAUAAUCGAAAAAAACUAUUUAUCCCCUAGGUAAAUUAUUGAAACAGUCUAAUAUCUCGAGAAAUACACUUACAAAUGAAAGACCAAAAAACACGUGUUUAAUAUUUUUCAAAAACCUAUCGAAUAACACUAAACACGACCCCGCCAUCCCAUGGAAGUGGGGUGAGGGUAACGUUAAAAUCUUAAAUAGGAACCCCCAUUUUUUAUUACAGAUUUGAAUACCUCAUAAAAAAAAGUAAGUAACGUCUAUUCGAGACAUUUUUUAGAUUCGUUGAUAGAUGGUGUUAAUAAAUCGUAUUUUUCAAAUUACAGCGCCAUCUAUCAACAAUUUUAAAAAAAUGUCUCGAAUAAAUAUUCCUUAUUUUUUCCUAUUUAAGAUUUUAAAGUUACCCCCACCUCACCUCCAUGGGACGGAGUGGGAGUAGUUUUAGUGUUAUUCGAUAGAAUUUUGAAAAUUAUUCAACACGUGUUUUUUGGUUUUUCAUUUGGAAGUGUAUUUCUCGAGAUAUUAGACCGUUUCUAUAAUUUACUUAGUGUAUCAGGAUAAAUUGUUUUUUCCGAUUGUAGCGCCAUCUAUCUACAAUUCGAAAAAAUGCCUCGAAUAAAAGUUAGUUAUUUUUACACAAGGAAUCCAAAUCUGCAAUAAAAAACUGGGGAUUCCUAUUUAAUAUUUUAAAGUUUUCCCCUACAUCAUUUGCAGGGGUGGAGGAGGCCGUGUUUGGUAUCAUUCGAUAUAUUUUUGAAAAAAUUGAAAACGUAUUUUUCAGUUUUUAGAUCGGAUGUUCAUUUUGCGAAAUAUUCGACCAUCCCACUACUUUUGGGUAUAUUAGAAUGAUAUAAGGUACAAAAAACUGUUGAACGUCUUAUUCUGUUUUAUAAAGAAUUUUCGUGACUUUGUCACAGUCACAAUAAAAAUAAUAAUCUGUUGAAUAUCAUAUUCUGUUUUAUAGGGAAGAUUCAUGACUUUGGGUGCUGUGGAUUGUACUCAUUUACGUAAGUGAUUUCACGGAUAAAUUGCUGUAACUCAGCUGUAACGGUAGCUCUCUCUUAGACACCAGACUUAGUAAAACAUAAGUUUAAUUUAAAUAAAAAUGGAUUCUUAAUACAGUAACAAAAAUAAAAUUAUCUUCUCCGUAUAAUAAGAAGUAACAUUAGUUAUUGUUAGUUAGUAUACACACACACAUCAAGGAGAAAGAAUGAUCGGUACUGGGUACUGGUAUAGGAUUAGAGGUGAGACGGAUCAAUCAAUACUCGAUCCAGUAAAGAACGGCGAAAGGCAAAUCAAUACUUGGCCGUCGUCGCCGUGGCAGGACGGUUUGGCCUUAAAUCAACACUUUUAGAGCCCGGUUCCGAAGCCACUACUCAAUCAAUCCUUUAGCAGAGGCGAUUGGCCAAUGGAGUUGUUACCAAAUCAAUUCUCCGGUAGGACUCUCCCUCUAUUCUGGCGAGACAUGUUUAAUAAUAAAGUUUGCUGAAACAUGUUAACACGGCAAAUAAAAACGAUGAAAAGUGUGAAAUGCUAUUUAAAUAAACCAUUCUUCAUUUUAUUUUAAUGGGUACUGUUAGCGCACGGUAUUUAGAUGAUGAUUUCCUUUUUGAACUGUACAAUAACAGCUCUUCCGUACUCUGCGCGUUGAUAUUACAGCCGUGUGUUUUUGAAGUCUAAUUUAAAUAUUUAGCGGCAAAAGUGGUUUGCGCUAUAACAGGUACACAUUUUUUAUUAAAAAGAUUUGUCAAUAAAAAGCUUGAUACCCACCCAAAAUCCCAAACUAGUAUUUAAUGUUCUUGACUGCCAUGUUUUUAUGAUAGUGACAAAGUUAUUUUUUAGACUUUCACGUAUUUUACUAUGACUCGAUUCGAGAAUUACCGUUUAAUUAUAGGAGUAGGGAUGGCAAAAAAUAUACAUAUGAUAUAUCGAAUGAAGAUAUUGAUAUCUGAUAUGUAUCGGAAAAAGUAUAUCGAUAUGACGAUAUAAUAUGCAAUAUAUCGAUAUAUUCUUGAGUAAUUAAAUAACAUAAAAAUUUUCACACUGUGUUGAGAUACAGAUAAGAUAAUAAUAAUAAUAAAGGAAAUAAAAGGACAAUAAAACAAAAUUUAAAAUGACGAUUGACUUCGACAGCAACUGCUGACACAUCAAUAGAUUAUUAAAUAAUCUAUUGAUGUAUAAGCAGUAUAAGAAAUUACCUGUUCUGGUUCUGAUAUUAUCCUCUUCUGGGUUAUGUACGGGUGCCAAUAUGGUACAUUAAUUCUGUGUGGGUGAAACAUCGAGUCUCAAAUAUCGAUAUGUUCCGAUAUAUCGAGAGUUGAAUAUCGAUACAAUUUUGAUGUAUCGAUACAUCGUUGCCAUCCCUAUAUAGGAGUAUUCGAAGUUUGCGAAUUUAGAUAGUUGUAAUUCGGCUUUUUAUGAUUUAUGAUCGGAGACAGUUAUGCUUCCUUUUGGAAAUUAUUUAAUGAUAAAGAACCGAUAAUAUGAUUAUUCUUUUUUGGGGGAAAAUAAUAGCAGAAUUAUUAUGUUCCACUUACAGAUCUUCGUGCAUAAGCAGUCAAUACUACAAUUCUAUUAAAUACUAUUUUAUAUGGGACUAUACGACAAUUAAUUGUAAUGAAACUUAAAUUUUACAUUUGCUUUGAUAGCUGGUGGGUGGUAACACCAAUUUGACAGUUGACUUACUUGGUGAUAGAGAUUAGCCAUAUUGCCAUAUCAAACAAGACACAAGAGGCAUCGAACUAAAGGCAGAUGAAAUCAUCAAAAGUGUCAACAAAGGAAGAGGAUACAGAAUAGAAAGUAAAGAAGUAAAAAUAUUCUGUUACGCAGACGACGCAAUAUUGAUAGCCUAAGAUGAAGAUAGUCUGCAAAGAUUCGUCUAACAAAUUGAAUUUAAUAUGACAAUCUCAUCUCAUAAUACUAAAACAAUAGUAAUCAGCAAAGAACCAAUCAGAUGUAAAAUAGAAAUUGAUGGCAUCAGUAUUGAACGAGUAAUGGAAAUAAAAUAUCUUGGAAUUUGUAACGAGGUCGUUGCGUUGUUGCUCCAGGUAACUAAAUCAGUCGAAGAAAAUAGUUCGCUUUUUAAGACAUUUUUAUUUGGAAUCAAAACAUACAAAAGAUAAGAUAAUUAGCCUUAAUUAUUCGUUAAUAAAAUAUAUUUAUAAUCUACGCAUUGAACUUUCUGUUCGGGCCGAUGUGACGAUAUUUUGUACAUGAAUGAAUGAUUUUGACGAUCGCGUGAAAUAGGAAUUGCUUUUAUUAAUACGACAUGAAUGUAUAAGGAAAGGGAAGCAAAGGAAUCUCGCUCAGCUCACCAGAUGAAAAGACAUAUUAGGAAUAUACGAUCACCGCUCGUAUAAGUAUAGGUAAAAGGAGAGGUAAGAGGAAAACUGUCGGAUUCGCUCAGCUCGCCAAAACGAUAACGGAAAAUGGUCGGGAACUACUACCUACAUAAACUCACCUCUUGUACCUCGCUGUUGUUUAUUAUUCUUCGAUCAACGCUCCAAGAAUAAUCAUCAACUAGGCUUUUCGUUCCGACUUUUCUAUCGUCCAAGACGGUACAAAAACACGUUUUACUUAAUUCAUUGGCGUACUCUAGACGAUAAAAUUAUAUUAUCGUCACAAAUUACACUGUCCAGCUAUGGAGACCUGGAAAAGAAGUGAGACAUCAAGUACAAAAAGCAAAUAUACUGGGAGGAUGCCCUAAUAACACUAUACGGUGAAACCGAUAUAUUAACACUGAGUUGAAGUCAAGAUCAAGAAUUUAUAAAGUCAAUGUAAGACCAAUUAUGACAUGCAUUAGAAACAUGAUCCGACACAGCCACAACACAAAGACUACUGAAAACGGCAGAGAUGAGAGUACUAAGAGAAUUACAGGAAAUACACUGUAGUCCAGGAACCGAAGCUUUUCACCCCGCAAUUUUUACAGAAUGGAUCGAUUUACUUGAAAAUUUGAGAGUAAGUAGUGGAUAGUCCAAGGAUCAAAAUCUAUAUGAUGCCGAAAGGCGCUUUUAUUAUGGGGGUGGUUGCCACCCCAUCUCGGGGGUGGAAAUUUUUUAUUAUAUUUUGACAGCAAAAGUUGAUAAAAACAUUCAUUCUAAGCAAAAAAUGUUGUAUACAUUUUUUUGAUAAAACUAAUAGUUUUCGAUUUAUUCGCUAUCGAAAGUGUUAGUUUUGUAUGGAAAAAAUCAAUGUUCUUCUAUAGUAUACUCAUUUACUAUUCACUCAAUUUUUGUCGUAGAAAAAAAUUUUUUACACCAAGUUCUUAAGAAUUAAAUAACCUACAAUCUCCUUUUUAAACAUUUUUUCUUAUCUUUGAUGCUAAUCUUUCUAUUCUGAAGAAAAUGGCAUUUUUUACAAAACUAAAAAAAUUCUUUAUUCGCUUUCGACUUCAGUUUUUUAAAAACUAAUCAUUUUAAGCCAGUCAAUCUUCUAGAAUCUAUUAAUAAUACACAAAUAAAGAAGAAUGAAUAAGGCCGACGCCUAAAAACACCGCUAACUUGCAUUAUUAUGCUUACAAUUGGAUUUCUCCUUUUUUUUCUCAAAAAAAUAUGUUGAUUUUUUAACCGUAACUUUUUUAUUUUGUAUCUUACAAAGUUUGUUAUAAAAGAAUUUUGUAGGAUUUUACAAGAUCUACAAGCCUAUUAAUAUUAGAUAUUAUUAAAAUGCUUAGUCACAAAAAGAGGUGACUUUGAAAGGGUUGGUAAAGGUGGUUUUUGCAUGCUAUUACAAGUUUUAAAUGUCAAUAGCUCACAUAAUUUUUGUCAUAAAAAAUUUUUUUUCAUACCGUAUUUUUGGAAAUUAAAUUAGUUACAAUUUAAUAUUUAAACAUUUUUUCAAAUCUCUGAUGCUAAUCUUUCUAUUCAGAAGAAAAAGCCAUUUUUUCCAAACUACAAAAAUUCGUUAAUAGCUGUUAACUUCAUUUUUUUUAAACGAAUCAUUCUAAGUGGGUCAAACUUCUCGAACUUAUUAAUAAUACAUAAAUAAAUAAGACCAAAUAAGGUCAAUGACUAGUUUUAAUUAGGGUGGUGAUUACGGGGUUGCUUCCGACCACUUUUGCGCUGAAAAAAAUAGGGAAUGACAUUCUUUUCAUUAUAAGUCACUUAAUUUUUGAGCUAGAGACUUCUUUUUUAUUUCUGAAGAUAGAUAUUCUUAAAUUCUUUAAAUUAGUUUUUACAAGUUAUUCUCGAAAAAUGCAUAUUUUUCCCAUCUUUUGACUUUGAAACUACAAUAUUUAACAUUUGACAAAGGAGAGCUAACAUAUAUCUUGAUUACUGUUGGUCUUAAAGAAAAUUAAAAAAGACGGUUUUCUUUAUUUUUUCAAAUAGUACAUUUUUGUUAAGUAAGGUUGUUUUGAUAAAACGAAAACUUUUGGAGUUAUUAGCAGAAAACUGAUUAAAAACAUUAAUUUUUCGAUAUAAUACUAACACUUUCGAUAGCGAAUAAAUCAAAAACUAUUAAUUUUAUCAAAAAAUGCAUAGAACUUGUUUUGCUUAGAAUGAACGUUUUUACCAACUUUUGCGGUCAAAAUAUAAUUAAAAAUUUCCACCCCCAACAGGGGGUGGCAACCACCCCCAUGGUAAAAGCGCCUUUCGGCAUCAUAUAGAUUUUGAUCCUUGGACUAUCCACUACCUAUUUUCAAAUUUUCAAGCAAAUCGAUUCAUUCUGUAAAAAUUGCGAGGUUUUGUCCUAUUUCAAGCUUCAUUACUUGGACUACUGAGAGAUCUAAAGGGUCGUUUAAACACAGCGAUAAAUCAAACAACUUAUCAAGGUCAAUCGAGUUGUUGCAACUUAUCAUUGUGUGUAAACGGUGCAUCGCACAACUUAUCAAAGCUGGAGUUGGGUUGAAGGUGGUAUCGCAUUGAAUCGCAGCGUCUAAACAGUGUUUCAACUUGUCAUCACAACUAGUUGCUGUGACUUAUCGUUGUGUUUAAACGACGCUUAAAGAGGAGUGAAGACUGAAGAAAAUGUAACUACAGUGUAUAAACGAAUGGACACUAAAUAAAAAAAAGAGUGUGUGUGUACUUUGUACGCACGUAAGAAGUUAUACUUCUAUGAUUUCUUAAAAAUAAAUAUACUUUAAACAGUUUGUUUUAAUUUUUUUUUAAACACCAAACUAAUUUUGUGCUUACCGCUUUCAAAAAAAUAAAAAAAAGUACAGGAUUGCACUGGAUUCGAACUCAAGACCUCUCGAUCUCUGGCCGAAUGCUAUACCAAAUGCGCUACGACUGUGUCUGUAUCGGUUCGGACGUACCUAAUGACAAUUCACGGUAACAAACAGACAAGGUGACGUAUAAUAAAUAUACAAUGAAAUGUUUUAAUAAUACUCAUCUUACUCCUGAGGAAGACAAAUCCAAAGACACAAAAAUUAUAAUAAAUAUAUUUACUAAAAACACUAAUAUAUUCUUUUUACACCUUUUCUUGCACUGAUAUAUUUAUACAUAACUAGAAAGAUUUAGCAACUAAACGCCAUACUGUCUUUGUGCUCAUGCGCGCAGUAUUAUGAAAUUUUACUCUCAAUCGCGCCUAAAAAAGAAUAACUUCAAAAAAUAAUGAAAUAACCUCAUAAGCAAAAUGGUGGAGACCCGUAUGAUCAAAAUAGCAAGAGAUAAAUGACAGAAGAAAAAUCGGACGAUCCUGCAAAAGGUGACAAAAGUGACAACCAAUGACGAAAAUAUAAACAUCUUAUAUUUUACAUGUUAAACAUGUUAUAUUUUACGUAAUUGGUGAUGACCUUGGAUAGAGGUAUCAAUCAGCCAAAGAGGAGGAAUAAGAAAACUUAGUGGUUUUGAAGUUUCUCAUAGAUAAAAAAAUUGUUGCAUUCAAAAGAAAAACCGCUUUUUGGAUAUGAUAUGUGCGCACGCAUAAUAAUUCUGCUGUCAUUUCCCGAACAAUUGAUAUUGUUUUUUUAUAUAAUUUACGGAAUCAAUAGACUGAUAUUCUGAUCGCCAGACUCGAAAUUUUUUUGUUGAACAAUGUUACAGGUUAGGUGAACACCUUCAACUUAUAGUGUCAUAUCUUGCAAUUAGAUUUUUCGGAUAAAGACAGUAUUAUACGGUUGCAUUUUGUUGGUGCUACUAUAGUAUGCGGUCUACCCUGAGGAUGCGGUCUACCUGUGCAUUUAGCUCUAUUAUAGUGUAUCGAUCGCAAAUGCAAGAAAACUCUCGUAGAAAAAAUAUUUAUUCACAAGUAAUAAACAUGUGAAGGAAGAUAUAUGUAAAAUGAAAGGGGACUAAUAAUUAAAAAAAAAUGCGUCCCAACUGUUUACAAAAAUUUAUAUGUAACCUAAUUAUUUACAAAACGAUACAGCCUAAUUCAGGCAAUUUAAUUUAAGAGAGAAAGGCAGUAAAUGAUUUUAGCUUAAAAAAAUGAUGCAUGCACCCUAACCACUGAUUAUGGUGUUAUUUAUACAGGGUGUCCCGAAAAGAUACCACAGAUUCUGGGGUCAAAAUUAGGUUGAUUGAACCUCACUUACCUAUAUACAAUAGUGCACACAAAAAAAGUUACAGCCCUUUGAAGUUACAAAAUGAAAAUCGAUUUUUUCCAUAUAUCGAAAACUCUUAGAGAUUUUUUAUUGAAAAUGGACAUGUGGAAUUCUUAUGGCAGCAACAUCUUAAAAAAAAUUAAAGUGAAAUUUGUGCACCCCAUAAAAAUUUUAUGGGGGUUUUGUUCCUUUAAACCUCCCCAAACUUUUGUGUACGUUUCAAUUAAAUUAUUAUUGUGACACCAUUAGUUAAACACAAUGUUUUUAAAACUUUUUUGCCUCUUAGUACUUUUUAGAUAAGCCAGUGUUUAUCGACAUAUUUUGAAUAUUUGUCGAAUCUACCACAUAUUUGUAUAUUGUUAACUACAAUUAUAGAGACCUGUUAAUAAUCUGAAAAUUUGUUUAUAAUUUACAUUUUUAGGUGUAUUUUGAAAAAGAAGCCACAUCUCGAUAGAAGGUGACUUGUAAAAAAAUACUACGAGGCGAAAAAGUUUUAAAAACACUGUGUUUAACUAACGGUACCACAAUAAUAGUUUAAUUGGAACGUAUACAAACAUUUGGGGGGCUUAAAGGAACAAAACCCCCAUAACAUUUUUAUGUAAAUAUAUUAAAAAAGAAGCUGCAUCUCGAUAAAAACUGGCUUAUCGAAAAAAUACUAGGAGGCAAAAAGGUUUUAAAAACGUUGUGUUUAACUAAUGGUACCACAAUAAUGAAUUAAUUGGAACGUACACAAAAGUUUCGGGGGGUUUAAGGGAACAAAACCCCCAUAAAAUGUUUAUGGGGUAAAUAAUCUUCACUAUAAUUUUGUUUUAAGAUGUUCCUUCCAUAAGAAUGAUACAUGUCCAUUUUCAACAAAAAAUCUCUAUUAGUUUUCGAUAUAUUGAGAAAAAUCGAUUUUCAUUUUGUAAUUUUAAAGGGCUGUAACUUUUUUUAUGAGCUCAUUUUUGAUAAGGUACGUUAGGUUCAACUGAACCAUUUUUGACCCCAGAAUGUAUGGUAUAGUUUAUGACCAAUAUUUUCGGGACACCCUGUAUAUAAUAGUAAAGAAAUAAGUUUAUUGUGUAUUCCUGAAAAUGUUUUAGUACACAGCAAUAAACAUUUUGCCUCCAACCGGUUUGCUGCCUUUCAUUAUUUUGCAAACCCUUCUGAGAAAACGUUAUGGUAUUCUUUAGCCGCACAGUAGACCGCAAGCUCUGAAAAACGCGACGGUAGACCGUAUACUAUAGUGGCAACGGUUUUUUACCUUUUAACUUUUUUAAAACACCCGUUUUUAAGACGUCGUAUUCAGCAAAGUAUUUCGGAUAGUAAAUUUCGAUUCUUGUUCGUGUUAUUAUUCGUCCGUUUACAGAAUAAUAAUAGGAAUAGAUUUUUGAGCAAUAUCCGGUACGUUAAAAGCUGUUUACAUCACACUUGUAGUAAAAGGUUUACACAAUGCGCAUUUUUACAUGAAUUCUUUCAAAUUUCAGAAUAACAAUACAAAUUUGGGUUUUGUAGACAAUAAAAAAAUUAUUUUUGUCUUUUCAACCUAACUAUAGAUGAAGAAUACGUGCAGUUUGUACUGGAUAUUGAGGUAUGUAGGGCAGAGCCAAUAAUUUUUGAGUCCAAAAUAAACCAUUAUACCAAAGAAACCAUCAUAAAAGAAAGAAAAUGUAACUAAAAUCAAAGGAAAAAUAAUUUACGGGCGAUCUGUGGCCAGGAAGUGGAAGGGGGUGAGUUCUUGAGGGUAAAAACGGCUUUCCAAAAAAGCAAAAUGGAAAAAAUGAAAUUGCAAAGUUGUACCUACAAAAAAUUUUUUUCACAACAUUUUGUGAACUUCCGUUUUUAUUUCCCAAACAGACCAUCUAAUUAUCAAUCGAAAAUUCUCGACAUCAUUCACAGACCAACCUGUCCAUUGAACUGGCAAGAACCACACGUUAUCAUCGAGCAUUUAAUCAUGUUGCCCUUUGAGCACUUUUAAAUUCAUCUUUUAACAUCGACUUAGAGUCGCUACUAACAACAGUUUUUCGAAAUGUAAAUCAUAUUUCUCGAUGUCACCUAUUCUAUAAGGUUGCUAGUUUCAUCUACUAAACAGAACGCACUGAAGAUGAUCUGAUCUAGAUCGAAAUCGUUUUGCGAAUCCUUUUGGAUGACUUUUUAAUAGUUUUUCAAUAAACUUUUUAUACCAUUAUACAAACGAAGUUUUUACUUGUUUUGUAUGAUUAUUAAAUUAACCUUAAGAACAUCUGUUUGUGUUUCUGGAUAUCCAAUCGCUCAGCAUGUACGUCUCAUGCCGGAUCUUGUAUGUACUAAUACCAUGGUGAACUUUGACACCUUGACAACUUAAACUGCACAACAAACGUUUGAAAUAUUUGUCAAUAAACUUUUUCAUUAAUGUUGUUUUUAUUCUUUAAGUUUUCAUCAGAAAAAUGCUCAUUGUGUACCUGUUUUGUAUAAUGUCAUAUAAUGGGGUAUUUUUACCAAAAUUUCAUACAGUAUGUUUAGAUUAAAAGAACAUUUUACUGGUUUUACUAGAUGGUUGGGUAGUCAACUAUAAUAAGUUUUAUUCACUGGUGCUUGUUUAAUAUCUUAGUAAUGUAAGCAAUGUAUACAAAGACUGCAUUAUUGCCAAUAUAAUUGAAAUAGUUUCUACAAAUCUUCGCAGAUUAUUCCUAGAAAUAUCCCUCUUACGUACAAUAAGUGGACAGUGUCUUUUAAUUUGAUCCUGUCAAAUGCCUUCUUAAGGUCCACGAAACAAAUAUGUCGAUUUAUUGUAUUCUAAUGAUAUCUCUUGCACACCUGACUAAAGUAUUCGUUUCGUUUCUGUUUGGUGUUUUUCUUUUUUGAUACGUUAGAUUUCGUUACUUUUCUCUCUCCAAGUGAUUCUGUUGCUGCGUUAAUUAUGUUAUUUUUGAGUUUUCCCAGCUUUUCCCGAUGUUAUCUUUUUCUAUUAAUUAUCCGCAAUCUUCCCUGAUAUUUUUUUCUGUAUAAAUAUUCCGUGGAUUCCGUAUUUAGUCCCAUUCGACUCUGAUUUUUGUUUGUGUUGGUGCCGUUACCUUGGAUGUGAAAUAUUUCAUGAUAAUUCUUAUUUUAAAAAUAGAAAAUCUACGGUUUCGUUUUGAUUUAAAUUUGUGUCAUGCCAUCCCCCAGUUUCCUGCCAUCCCCAUGUAAAUCAAAUCGAAACCGUAGAUUUUCUAAACUGCGCGUCAUAGAAAACGGGCACCCUAAAAAAUGGGUCAUUUUUGAUGUCGCCUAUCUCCUAAACCUGUUGUCCGAUUUAAGUGAUUUUUUGAAUAUGUUAUAGCCCUAUUCUUUGUCAAUAUCACUAUUAAUAUUUUUGCAAAACAGGUAAAUUUUCAUUACCUACCGGGUGUACGAAUCAAACUGUGUUUUUUUCUCAAAGUUCGCAACACCCUGUGGCAUAUUCUAGCAUUUAUAAAAUACUGAAAUUAAAACCCAACUAUAGCCUCAGGUUUUCUUAACAUUCUGUUUUUUGAUUCAUUCAUGUAUGAUGGAUAAUACAAAAGUUAUGUACUUUAACAACUAGGCAUGCUCUUUAUCAGUACAGGGUGUUUCUAAAGAAGUACGACAAACUUUAAGGGGUAAUUCUGCAUGAAAACAUAAUGACCGGUUGCUUUAUAAACAUAUGUCCGCAAAUGCUUCGUUUCCGACAUAUAGGAUGUUGAAUUUUUUCUUAAAAACUGACGAUUUAUUUAUUGCCCUAAAACCGGUUGAGAUAUGCAAAUGAAAUUUGGUGGGUUUUAAGACGUAACUUUUGAACAUUUUUUGAUAUACAAUUAAGAAUUUUUUAUUCACCAUUGGCGUACAUUCGAAUAAUAUGAUCGGUCAUAUUACCCGUAUGCGCUCCAAUAGUGAAUAUAAAAUUCUUAGUUGAAUGUCAAAAAAUGCGCAAUAACCAUCUCUUAAAACCUACCAAAUUUCAUUUGCAUAUCUCAACCGGUUUUAAAGCAAUAAAUAAAUCAUCAGUUUGUAAGAAAAAAUUUAACAUCCCGUAUCUCGGAAACGAAGCUUUUGCGGAUAUAUGAUUAUAAAGCAAACUGUCAUUAUUUUUAAUGCAGAAUUACCCUUUAAAGUUUGUCGAACUUAUUUAGUCCCUAAAACACUUUAGACUUAUAACACCCUGUACUGAUGAAGAACAUGGCUAGUUGUUAAAGUACAUAACUUUUGUUUUAUCCAACAUAAGCGAAUGAAUCAAAAAACAGAAUGUUAAGAAAGCCUGAGGCUAUAGUUGAAUUUUAAUUUCAGUAUUUUAUAAAUGCUAGAAUAAUCCACAGGGUGUUGCGAACUUUGAGAAAAAAACACAGUUUGAUUCGUACACCCGGUAUACAAUGAAAAUUUACCUGUUUUGCAAAAAUAUUAUUACAAAGAUAUUGACAAAGAAUAGGGCUAUAACAUAUUCAAAAAAUCAUUUAAAUCGGACAACAGGUUUAGGAGAUACGCGACAUCAAAAAUGACUCAUUUUUUAGGGUGCCCGUUUUCUAUGACGCGCAGUUUAUAUUUAAUAAUGCCAUACUCUGUAUUAGAGUACAAAGACUCGAUUCAUACAGGUUCUCUGAACCGCACAUUGGAAUAUUUUCCUAGCGGUGCCUUUUGGUAUUGUCAUACCUGGGUUAAACAGAGAACUUGAAUCGAGUCGACAUUCAUUUUAAUUCUCAUUUUACAUAAUACUAGGCUAUAGUCGCUACCUACAUCUGCUGAGUUGAGGCAUCUUACGUCGAUUAUUUUUGAUUGAUGUAUAUCUCUGUUGGUUAUAACACAUUUUAUCCUAGAUCUUUGUUCACGGGUGUUAUUGAAUGUAUAUUUGUGUUGCUCUUUGUGGUCAAAAUGCGUUGUUUAUUCUAAGGUCGAUAUUUGUGCAAAAUUCUCCAUUUUCGCUUUUAAUAUUCU